GAACUUCCCCUUUUCGGUUUUAUCCUGCUGGAAUGUUGUCCCUCACCGUUAAUUCCGCGGCAGGUUACCCCAAGGGCCAUCUCUGCGUCUUGCUUGUCCCAAAGCGAUAGUAGACAGUCAUCAGUGGGGCCUGCCGUAACUACCCCCUGUCCGAUUUGGUUACGUUGCCCGAGAGCAAUGUAAACAAUUCCCAGCUCUCUUCUCUUAAAUCUCCCACUACAGACUUGCGACCAGCAACCACCAUCCACCAUCCGGCACCCGGCAUCCAGCCACGAGUGGCGCAUACGGAUGCGUCACGAAUGACCUUGAUGCAAUCAGAAAGAAGUCAUUUUUGAUUCCAUCGCAGCGAUGCCUCCCCGUCGUAUCGUCCGCCGCCGCCCACUCUGGGAGCGCAUCAAGGCCCGUUUCGACCCCUGGGACUACGCCCUCUGGCUGUCCGAAGAGUUCGAGACCAGAAACUUCGGAUCAAAGUCGCUGGGAAACCAGGUCGGCGUGGCAUGCAAUCUUGUCUUCAUCCUUGCGCGUGUGUAUGGAUCGUAUUCGGCAGACAGCGGCACCGACGACAUCUUCAGUGAUGAUGAGUCCAGCACUUCCUCGGGCUGGCUUGCAUGGUUUGCACGGACGAUAACGUGGGAACUCGUUGCUUUCUCGAUUUGGAACAUCUACUACGCGUUUUCGCGAUCCCGCGCAUACCGAUUCUUCGAGGCCGAUGUCGAACAACCACUCAACACCACUUCCGCCCAUCGCGUGCGAGUGCAGUCCUCACCAUCUGGCUCUACCCCACUACGGAUACUCUCCGAAAUCGCGGGCGAAACUGCCGAAGCUCGUGCCCAUCCCGACAGGACCCGCGACGUAUGGGAGCUGCGGAUGUGGGAUCCAGUGCCAGCAUCUUUGCAACUGGUCUGCCUGUUCAGCCCCUUACAUGUGAUAAUAUACAUGAUGACGCUUCCUUUGACACCACUUGAUCCCCGACCAAGUGUGACGGUCUUCAAGUGCCUUUUUCAGCAGGCUGCAACCUCUGGCCUUUUGUUGGCCUUGGAGGCUUGUUUCAGCCAACAAAAGAAGGAUUCCGAGCUCGUCAAGGGUCAGGUCUUGAAAGAGUAUGACAACAAAUAUGUGCACCCGCGUCUUAACCCUCCAGUGGUCCGAGACGUGGGCACUCAGGUCGGAGAGGACGAGGAUGGAAACGAAUGGGAAGACAUUCAGGUAGGGACACCUACGACCCUGAUUCGACGCCGCUUUCAGACUCACCCAAACCGAAACUAUGCAAAACAUUUUGAUCCGGAUGGCUCGGGCUAUUAUGCACCUCCGGAGGGGUCGCCGAGUCCCGCAGUCUUUACUCCGGCCAGGAAGGUUCAGCCACACUCGCUGUACGAAUCCUCAUACAAAACACGCCCGUCGCCCAUGCGGCAAAGCAUGGCAGCUUCCAGGACGCCGAGAUUGUCGCCGGAGAAGCCUGCGAUGCAAGACUCCGCUACAGACACAGGCACGGGCACGGGCACAACCUAUGGAGGCAGUCUGGGCGUGUACAGUCACGCAGACUCACCUCUUAAGAAAGCAGCCAGCUUGGCGGACAUCCGAGGAGGCGGUAACUUCUUCUCGUCACCACGGAACUCGCGGGAGCUGGCUGCCAUGGAGCAGAAGGAGCAGACGGAGAAGAUGUUGCGGAGGAGCAGCCCGGUCAAGGAACGGCGCCUUAGCGGGCUGGCCUCAAGCAAGCAGCUUGACGGCCCGGCGGGAGAGGAGCCCGAGUCCAGCCCGAACCCUUUCGCGAACAUGGGACGCCACCGUAGUCGUUACGAGAGGUUCCCCUUGAUGCGGUAGGCGAACCUUCUGUUAGGUUUCUAUCGCCGGAAAGCCACGCGAAUAGAAGCCUCGCCCAGGCGAGGCCGUUUACUACAAGUUGCUUGCGACUUCGGGCUGUCUGCUAGCAGUGUGGUGAAUCGGGCCUGAUUGACCCUGCAAGGCGUAUUAGGUUACGAGACCAUGCCAUCAACACCCCACAGCCUGGCCAACAAACAUCCAAGGCCUUGUUGAGUGCCAGUGGUGAAGUCGCACUUGUGUCAAGCGUUUAGUGCCGGCGUGUAUGGAAGGAUACAAUUCGGAAAACUAUGCUCCAAGCGCACCGCAACUAAACCGUUGAUUUUAUUUCACUUGGUUGUCAUCGCGCACAGCCUACAGUCUGACUACGAGGGGCGAAGAUGGGACGGGAAUUGCGUGGAUGACGGUCACUGACAACUAACAUGCAGCCUGGCCUGGAAGACUGGAUUGACCAGAACAUUAUCUACUUGCAUAUCAUGGCGUUGCAUGCAGAAAGGGAAUACUUGUUUUGGUCUGGGCACUGGCAUUUUCGUGCUUCCCCUUUAUUUCUCUCGUUUCCGUUGCUGCUGUGGCUUUUCUGGCAGUCGCCUCAACAACAAUCUAGGUCCCUCGAGGAAUACAAAUUAAUCGCUUUAUUCUGAAAAUUUUACCAGUCGUUCGUA